AUGGAGCUUUUCCUCUUGUUAAAAACUCAUUCCAGACUCAGCUUCCCACCCUGGGCAUUCCAAGGCGCCACCCCCACCGGCCUCUCCGCUGCAACCAUUAUCUCUUUAACAGAUACCCAGAAAAUUGGAAUGGGAUUAACGGGAUUUGGAGUGUUUUUCCUGUUCUUUGGAAUGAUUCUCUUUUUUGACAAAGCACUACUGGCUAUUGGAAAUGUUUUAUUUGUGGCUGGCUUGGCUUUUGUAAUUGGUUUAGAAAGAACAUUCAGAUUCUUCUUCGAAAAACAUAAAAUGAAAGCUACAGGAUUUUUUCUGGGUGGUGUAUUUGUAGUUCUUAUUGGUUGGCCUUUGAUAGGCAUGAUCUUCGAAAUUUAUGGAUUCUUUCUCUUGUUCAGGGGCUUCUUUCCUAUGGUUGUUGGCUUUAUUAGAAGAGUGCCAGUCCUUGGAUCCCUCUUAAAUUUACCUGGAAUCAGAUCAUUUGUAGAUAAAGUUGGAGAAAGCAACAAUAUGGUAUAA